GUGGUUGUGUUCGACCCUACCGAUUAUCCAGAUAUGACCAGUGGUGGUGUCACGGAAGUACUCGCAGUACCUCUCUCUGAGACCUUCCUGGACGUAGUUGGAACGCUCUUUACUAGUAACCCGGAAAUCGAAAAUUUCCCCAGGGAUAAACGUAACUGCAUUUUUUCAGAUGAGGGAAAGUUAAUUCCUAGUAUUACGAAAUAUACUUACAGUGAUUGUAUCGUCCAUUGUAAAAUUAAUUUCAUACAGAAGUCCUGUGGAUGCAGACCAUUCUUUUACCCACGUCGCAGCAAGAAAGAUUAUUCAUGGCGUAUUUGUAAUAGCUUGGACUUCGAGUGCCUGGCUAAGCAUAAAUCUAUCUGGUUAGCGGUUCUCCCUCACGAGGAAAUAUUACACGACAAUAUUAAAAAGGAAGAAAAAGUUUUACAUUGUCAUGAUUGUUUUGCUUCCUGCGAACACAUUAGUUACGAUGUAUUAACUUGGAAUACUGUUAUGACUCCUGGUGAAUUCAAUACUAACUUAUUACCGAAUUACAAUGUUACUAAUGAAGGAAUAGUACACAUAUACUUUUCAAGAUACGGUACAGUCAUAUUGAAACAAGACAUGUCUUUUUACUGGUAUGAUCUCGUAAGUGAAUUCGGCGGUACAUGCGGCAUCUUCAUUGGCUUUAGUUUCAUCAGUAUAGUGGAACUUCUGUACUUCUUUGUGCUCAUGUUUAGCGAUUUGUUCUGUAAAAAAUCGGCCUUACAGGAAAAUGACGAUCGCAAGACUGAAAUCCCAUCAAAUCAAACUCAAACCACAGGGACAAUAUAUUGGAACGAACUGCAACCACGAUCCUGGCAAUCGGCGAAAUACGGCAAAUUCUCUACUAACCGAGUCAGAUAUUGA